UUAAAAUAUAUUAAAUUAGUAUUCACAAUUUGCCUUUUUAAUACUUAAAUAACUUUAAAUAAUUAUUUUAAACUUACCGGCAGCUUACCAUUCUUUAACGGUUCAAAAAUGUUUGAAAUUAUACGAAUUUUUGUUUUUGUUGACAACUUUAAAUCAUGUUUCGAGCAACAUUAAAAUUUUACAAUUGUACUGUAACUUAUCAUUUAAAUAAAUUGACAGCUGUCAGAAAUUAUGCACCACGAAGAAGACGACCGGGUUCAGAAGAGUCAGAGCCUGGAAUCAAUAAGAGAGUACAAUAUUUCAAGGAAGAUAUGAUUGCGAAUGAAGACCCAGAAGUUAUUGAUUCAAUGGAACCAAAUUUCAUGAACUUGGGAGACACACAUAGACAGCAUGAAAAGGAUGUUAGAAAAAUGAAAGAAAAGGUUCAGUUAAUGAUUGUAGGAAAGAAGUAUUUUAAGGACAAAAGUCCAAACUUUUUGACUUAUAAUGAAAAGGAACAGAUCAGGACACUACAUGAAGAGGAUUCAGAAAAGUGGACAGUUGAUAAAUUAUCAGAGUCAUUUCCUGCUGAUCCAUACGCAAUAAGUCAAAUCAUUAGAUCAAAGUGGAUUCCAAAAGAUACGAAUAGAAUAUUCAGGCACGAUGAAUCAGUAAAGAGAAAUUGGAACGAAUUCAAUGAAGGGAAAUUAGAGAUAGAUCCAAUGCUAGCACAGCAUUUAAAGAAAUUUGCAUUUAGAGACAUUAAUAAGCUUGCAGAACGAGCACCAAAUAAAAGAUUAGGAGUUGAAUUCCCGAGGCCAAAAAGUAAUGAAUUUUUAAGUAUUGUAACAAGCUGUAGCAAAUAUAAUGAUGAGCAGCAUGAAGUAAAACAAAUUGAAUCCACUGAAUUAAGAAUGCCAAAGCAUAGGCCAGAUCAUGACGACAAUACAUUUAUGAUGCACGGUAAUAAAAGAUUCUCAUCAGAAAGUAUUACAUUAGCGGAUCUGCAGGAGAAAAAUCCUCAAAUCAACGAGCAAGUUAUGCUUAAUGAAGUAAAGACAGUAGAUAAGGAUCUUUCAAAUAUUAAGUUUAAGACAUUUGAGGAAAAUAAUUUCAUUUCUUUAACUAAUAAUGAGAAGCUAUUGGAUAAGCUUAAAAUACAAGAAAAGAUAAGAAUUCCCAAAAAAGAAUGGCGAAAAGGAAAAAUUUACAAAGUUAAUGACUGCUUUUAUUCUGAUGAUGGUGAAUUCUUGUAUAGAGUGCCUGGUUUAGAUUGAUAGACUCAAUAUUUUGUAAUUUAUAGAACAAUAAAAAUAUUUCAAAUUUAACAAACUUUUGAGUUUUAAAUAGAUUAGCAUUUCCAGUAAGUUCAAAAAAUGUAACGAACUUUUGAUAUUUG